AGGAUGGUUAGAUAUUAGAAAAAAGAAACAACCGCAAUUUAUUUCUUUAUUUUUCAAUACAAAAUUGUAAAUAUAUGGUCAAACAAAUCUCUCUUAUCUCUGUGCGCCCCAUUCAAACUGCACCUCCUGCAGCAUAUUGGCACAGAGAUCUUCUUGAUAUUUCUCUCUCUAAAACUUUUUUUUAUCUCUCUCUCUGAAACCAAAAAAGUUUUGGGUUUUUCACCCCUCUCCCUGUCUCUCCAUAAAUCCGAGAAAUAACUGCAGAUUUUCUUUAUACUGUGACCCAUCAAUACAUUCGUAACAAAGCAUUUCAAUGAUUGGAUCUUCAAAGAAUAUUGUUUCCUUCUCCAUAGUCACGUUUACGCUUGUAUUUUUUUCAUUUCAUUUUGUUCACUCAGGCGAGCUUAUGUUUGAUCUUAUAUAUAAAAUAUCCAGCCGAGCUUAUAGAAUAUCCAGCCCAGCUUUCCAUUGAUGUGUUUGAUUAAUCAAUAGAGAAUUUGGAAACUGGGUUUUGACGGUUUUCCUUAUGUUUCUCUUUUCAUAUAAUUUCAAGCAUCAAAAUUGCAUUUUUAUGAUUUUUUUUCAUCGUUCUCUUGAAAUCUCAGUUGGGCAUCAGUAAAUUGUUAUGCUAUCGAUUUGUUUAGCCCUUGGCCUUCUGCAACUAAAAAGCAGCUCUCCAGAAGACGCCCGCUUUAAUGGGGGGAAUUGAUAAAAACGAAUGGACUCCGUUUUUUGUCCCGAAUGGAAAUUUUUCGGGAAUUUUCACCGAGGAAUUGGGCUCCAGGUCGUUAUCUGAUCUUCUAUCUGAGAAUGGAAGCCAGGUACCUGUUGAUUCAAAUUUUGAGAAAGAUGGUAAUGGAGUCUCUCAAAAAAUUUUACGCGAUUCCUAUGGGUUCUCGUGCUUUCAACCCAAUGAGGAGGAGAGCAGGAGUAGUUUUAUGGGGCGGUUAGCAGCAAGAACAGGGGUUAGCAUUUCAAAAAUUAAUGUUUCAAAUAUCAGAUCAAACGAUCCAUUUUCAUCUCCAGGGGUUCGAUCUCCUUAUCUCAUGAUUCCCCCUGGCCUAAGCCCGACCACAUUGUUGGAAUCUCCUGUACUUCUCUCCAAUUCCACGGCCCAACCAUCUCCCACAACAGGCACAUUUCUCUUUUCAUCAUUUGGCCAUGGAAGUCCUGUGUCAAUAUCAGCAGCUCCCGAUUCAAAUACAGAUCAACUUUUUGGGGAUGCAGAUACUUCAUCAUUUGCUUUCAAGUCUCAUGUCAACUCAGAUUCCACCAAUCUCAGUGGGGGAAACCAGUUAGUUCAUCAGGCCAGUUCCUCCUCAAAGCAACAGCAGUCUUUUCCAAGUAUUGACCUCUCUGUUCAACCCGAGGUUCCAAUUCAACCUCAAAAGUCAGUUCUUACUGAGGUUGAAUCUCAGAAUCAGGAAAGACUUUCUUAUCAUGGAGAGUUUGUGAAACAGUCCACCACAACUGCAGACUCGAUCAUUUCUUCGUCGAAACCAGAAGUGCCCUCUCAAAUUAAUGAAAGCCCCGAGUGCAGUCUUUUGCAAACUCAGGCUCCUAUCAGUAUUCUCGAAUCCAUAACUGAGGAACCCCAAAAUGGUGAAGAGGAGCAGAAGGCAUCAAUCGCUCCCAUCGUGUUUGGACCACUCUCUGAUGACGGUUAUAAUUGGAGAAAAUACGGGCAAAAACAAGUAAAGGGUAGCGAAUUCCCUCGAAGCUAUUACAAGUGUACACACCCUGGUUGUCAGGUUAAGAAAAAGGUAGAGCGCUCUCACGAUGGCCAAAUAACCGAAAUUAUCUACAAGGGAGGUCAUGAGCACCCAAAACCUCAGCCGAAUAGAAGAUCAUCAGUUGGGUCUUCUAUCCCACUCAAUGAAACAUCAUCUGAGAUGCCUGAGGGCCAUCUUGCGCUUGUUAGUGCUGAUGGCGAAUCAGUGUGGAAAAGCAACCAGCUGGGAGCCAAUACGAUUGGUAAUGAUUGGAAGGGUGAUGGCAUCGAAAGGAUGUCCACAAAUUCUCUUGUUUCAGAGUAUUGCGAUGUAUCUUCUUCUUCCCAAGCUCAAACCUGCAGUCACCUUGAAUUGGCAGAUCCUCCUGAGCUUUCAUCAUCUUUUUCUGAUGAUGAGGAUGAUGGGGAUACCCAUGGCGGCAUGCCAUUGGGGGAUGAUGGUGAGGACGAUGAGUCAGAGGCAAAGCGUAGGAAGAAAGAUGUGUGCACGAUGGACGUGAGCGCAGCAUCAAGAUCUAUACGUGAACCAAGAGUUGUGGUCCAAACAACCAGCGAGGUCGACAUCCUUGAUGAUGGGUAUCGAUGGCGCAAGUAUGGGCAGAAAGUGGUCAAAGGAAAUCCAAAUCCAAGGAGCUACUACAAGUGCACGAACACUGGGUGCUCGGUGCGAAAGCACGUUGAGAGAGCAUCGCAUGAUAAAAAGGCAGUCAUAACGACAUAUGAGGGCAAGCACAACCAUGAUGUUCCCACUGCCCGCAACAGCAGCCACUCGGGCUCUACAGGUGCCCCACCCACCUCGGGUGGGCCGACUGCUAGCCCUUCAGCCCAAGCCCACAUCCUCAAGCCUGAGCCAGCUCAGGCCCACACCAGCAUGGCACUUCCACCCCCUCCUAAGGUUGGUCAACUUCACACCACGUCAUCGCUCGGGGCCUUUGGCCAGCUGGGUCCUGACCCAGGUUUCUCCAUGAUGAGUCAGCAUGGUUUUUCGAACUUAACUUGGGCAAGAUUAGGGAUUGUACCUGUUCCGCCUUUAAAUUCGUCAUAUAUUAAUGGGGGAGGGCAGCAGCCGAAAAGUGAGAUCAAGGAGGAGACAGGUUUCGAUUCUGGGAUGCCCAUGUUAAAUGGUUCAGGUUAUCAACAAAUGAUGAGAAGGUAUCAAUUGGGACCUCACAUGUAAAUAUAUAUUUUUCUUUUUAAUUUUUUUGUUUAUGGCUUGGGGGGAGUUCGAAAUUUUGUUAAUAUAGUAUGGAGAUUUAUUUUGUAUCACUAAAUGUAGUAUUUAUGGAAGAAAGAAGAAAGAAGGGGGAGUUUAUUUCUAUAAAAAUGUAAAGAAGGAAACAUAUUUUCGGAGCUUUUUUUCUCGGCUAAAGGGAGAGAAGAGAGGAGAAGGAAAAGACAGUGUGAGGCUUAUUUUGAGCUGUAUUUAUUAUGGAUUGAAUUUUACCUA